UCUAUCCUUGGUGCUUUGAGAUUGGUGGCAGAAAGGCCUGGAAUGGGAGUGAAUGAUCUGUGGCAGAUUUUGGAGCCUGUAAAGCAGCAUGCCCCUCUCCAGAGCCUCCAGGGGAAAACCCUGGCAGUGGAUCUGAGUUUCUGGGUGUGCGAAGCCCUUACAGUCAAAAAGAUGGCGGGCACUGUGGUCAGGCCUCAUCUCAGGAACUUAUUUUUUCGGAUCUCAUCCCUAACCCCAAUGGGGGUAAAACUGCUCUUUGUCAUGGAGGGUGACGCUCCUGGCCUGAAAGCAGAUGUCAUGAGCAAGAGGAACGAGGCGAGAUACGGGCCUUCCCAGAGCCGGGCCCACAGACCCGCCAGAGCCUCUUUCAAAGCCAUCUUAAAAGAGUGCCUCGACAUGCUGGCGUGUUUGGGGAUCCCUUGGGUUCAAGCGGCUGGGGAGGCCGAGGCCAUGUGUGCGUACCUGGACGCACAUGGCUAUGUGGACGGCUGCCUCACCAACGACGGAGACGCCUUCCUGUACGGGGCGCAGACCGUGUACCGCGGCUUCACCAUGAGUGCCAAGGACCCCCACGUGGACUGCUAUACGAUGGCCUCCAUUGAGAGUGAGCUGGGCUUGGACCGAGACUCCCUGAUCGGCCUGGCCGUGCUGCUGGGCUGUGACUACCUUCCCAAGGGCGUCCCUGGGGUCGGCAAGGAGCAGGCGCUGAGGCUCGUCCGCGCUCUGGAAGGCCGGAGCCUCCUGCAGAGGUUCGACCAGUGGAAGGAGGAGCCCGACGGCCCCGAGCCAGCGGCCCUGCCCGCCAAGAAGCCCCCUCAUUGCUCCGUGUGCGCCCACCCAGGUUCCGCCAAGGACCACGCACGCCGGGGGUGCCCGCUCUGCGGCAGCGAGCGGCACUGCGAGCCCCACGACGACGCGCCCUCCUGCCCCUGCGAGUGGCACCGAGGCGAGCACGCCGGGCAGCAGCACAGCGCUGUGGAGAACGCCGUGAAGAGGCGAGCUCGCGACUGCGCAGGAUUCCCAUUCCGUGAGGUUAUUCAGGAAUUCCAGCUGAGCAAGGACAGAGUGACCAUAGAGAGCGUCCACUACCGGAGACCUGACUUGUUCUCUUUUCAGGUGUUUGCGCUGGAGAAGAUGGAGUGGCCGAGGCCGUACGCGUGCGAGAAGCUGCUGGCGCUGCUGACCCAUCAUGACAUGACGGAGAGGAAGUUUGGCCGGACGGGUCCCGACCAGCUGCGGCCAGUGCGAAUCGUCCAGCCCCGUGUCCGGAGCGGCGUCCCGUGCUUUGAGGUCCAGUGGCAGAAGCCAGAGCACUACGUGACGGCCUCGACGGGCUCGGAGGCCCCCCCGGUGCUCACGGUAGAGGCCGCGUCCUUGUUUGAAGCCGCCUACCCCGACGUGGCUGCCCGGUACCAGGAGCAAGUGCUGGAAGCCCGGCGGAGGAAGACCAAAAGUAAGAGGACUCGGCCUGAGGCGGGGAGCCUGGCCCAAGUGGAGGCCGUCACAGAUCUUCUGUCCCGGGUGGAGCUCUCUGCUGGCCCGGCCCCGGGGAGAGGGGGUGCCCAGCUGUCGGGGGGAGUCCCCCCCCUCACAGAGGCCCCCCAGGUCCCUGCCCCUCUGAGGCGGGGGGCCGCCUGGCACGAGGCUCCCAGGAGUCCUUCACCGCCUGUGUCUGAGCCCCUGAACGACAGCUCGGUGCUUGAGGCCCUCCAGCUGAGCACCAUUGACUGGGAGGGCACCUCCUUCAGUGCCUCGCCGGGCACCAAGGCGCCCACGGCCUCAGCCAGCCCCUCAGACCCUGAAGUAGACCCUGGGCACGGGGUGGCACCUGGCGCCCGCAGUAUCCUGGACCUCCAGCCUCUAAAGGAGCGUGUGUGUGCCCAGGCCGCGGGCCAGCCCUGGGCUUCCUCCCCUCCGGACCCCUCUCCUUCCUGGAGGGCAGGCUCAGACGCCUCGUCGUCGCAGAACGGAAAAGAAAGGUCCGCUGUUGGAGGCAGCUCCUGCCGUGACCCCCGGCAGAUCCAGGGGAGCCCCCCGUGUGUUCUCCCCAGAUUUCAUCUGCACAACGGCCAGGAGAAACCCACCGCGGCCCUCGGGAGAGCCACGUCUGCCAGUGCCUGCGUGCCCCGUGCCCUCGGGCAGCCAGCAGCGAGACUCCCUGGCCCGGGGCUCCCCCGAGACCAGCCUGGGCCUCAGACUGCUCCAAAGAGAGCCCCCCAGAAGAGUGUGUGCCUGCCCCGCAGCUCCUCGGAUGAGGAGGAAGACCCCCCGGGCCGGGGAGGGAUGGGCCCACGUGGGAAGGGGAAGCCUCGGGUCACCCGGCCGCCAAGUCCCCCAGGCCCACAGUCUAGAGAGGCGGGUCACGAAGCCGGGGCAGCACCUGUUUCUGCCUUUGCAGACGCAGCCCAGAGUCCUCCGUGCCCGGCAGUGUGCCCGCCUCCAUCCGCUCCAGGGCAAGAGAAAGCUGCCCGCGCCAUCUGGGAGAGCCCCCUCCCCCUAGCUCAGAGGCUGCAGCUCAGGCUCCAGAGCAGCUGACCAGACUGCCUGCCUCCGGCACUGCUGUGAACUCCAUGGCCUAUCUGGACUGGCUAGGAAAGGAUGGAUUCAGAUGGAAUCUCACCCGGGGCCAGGGAGGGAGGGAAGGAGGGCUCAGGAGGUGGCCUUGGCCUGUUCCUGUUCCCUAAAGUGAGAUGGAGCACAGGGGGCUUCUGCCCAUGGAGGAGGCAGGGGGUGACCAGAAGUGGGGACCGGCCAGUGCCAGCCCCUCCAUCUCCCUGAGAAUUGAGGGCAGCCGCCCGAGGGCACAGGCUCUGAAGCUCCCCCUUGGCUCUGGGAAACGGCCUGCCAAGCGGGCAACGGAGCACCUGGGCCUCUUCCAUGGGUCAUACUAGGCCCACAUUCCACUUUCCCUAAGCACGUCCCGGCUAGAAUCUCUUGUUGUACAGGGAAGUUAUUAAACUACAUUUUACAUUUUG